AUGGAUGUCAGUAGAAAAACAGACCAAAGACAAAAUGGGCCAGUCGACACAGAGACGCCAAUGGCCAAUAUGCACCAAAGAAAAGAGCUAGAAGACACUGAGCAGAAAUGUGGUCCAGAAAUCCACAUAGUUGAGAACAACAGGCAAGAGAAGUUGCGCCUUAAAAAACGCCACAAAAGAAGGAUUAAGGCAGCUAAGAAGAUUCAGGCCUGGUGGCGUGGCCACCUGGUACGACGGACCCUGCUUGUCGCUGCCCUCAGGGCCUGGAUGAUUCAGGGCUGGUGGAGGAUGAUCCUGCUGAGGCGGGCAUAUAAGCAGCAGAAAUUACUUCUGAGGCUGUAUGUAAUCCAGGAAAAGUCAGCUGUCAAGCUCCAGUCCUGUUUUCGAAUGUGGCAGUGCCGUCAAUAUUGCCAACUGGUCCAAAAUCUCCCUGAGUUCCAGACCCCAGAGAGCAACCUUAUCUUCCAGAACAAUGAAGUUCUGCAGGUACCAACUAAAGCUGUUUCCAAGGAACCAGAGUUCCACAUUGAAAUUGUAUCAAUCUAA